AUGAACCUUCCUUCGGAGCCCAGAGUCCUGCCUGGCCUGGCCCAGGAGCCCAGCUGCAUGGCCACCCCGGCCCCACCCAGCUGGUGGGAUGGCCCCCAGAGCAGCUCCUCCAGCCCGGGCCAGCUUCCUGUCGGCCCCACGGCAGCCGGCGCCCAGGCUGCGGUCCGCGCGCCCUUCCCCACGGUCGACGUUCCGGACCACGCCCACUACACCCUGGGCACAGUGAUCCUGCUCGUGGGGCUCACGGGCAUGCUGGGCAACCUGACAGUCAUCUACACCUUCUGCAGGAGCAGAGGCCUCCGGACACCUGCCAACAUGUUCAUCAUCAACCUCGCAGUCAGCGACUUCCUCAUGUCCUUCACCCAGGCCCCAGUCUUCUUCGCCAGCAGCCUCUACAAGCAGUGGCUCUUCGGGGAAACCGGCUGUGAGUUCUACGCCUUCUGCGGGGCUCUCUUCGGCAUCACCUCCAUGAUCACCCUGACCGCCAUCGCCCUGGACCGCUACCUGGUGAUCACGCGCCCGCUGGCGGCUGUGGGUGUGGUGUCCAAGCGGCGGGCGGCGCUGGUCCUGCUGGGCGUCUGGCUGUACGCCCUGGCAUGGAGCCUACCACCCUUCUUUGGCUGGAGCGCCUAUGUGCCGGAAGGGCUGCUGACAUCCUGCUCCUGGGACUACGUGACCUUCACGCCCUCGGUGCGUGCCUACACCAUGCUGCUGUGCUGCUUCGUGUUCUUCCUGCCGCUGCUGGUCAUCGUCUACUGCUACGUCUUCAUCUUCAGGGCCAUCCGAGAGACCGGCCGGGCCUGCGAGGGAGGCGCUGCAUCCCCCGGGCAGCGGCAGCGGCAGCGGCUUCAGAGCGAGUGGAAGAUGGCCAAGAUCGCGCUGCUGGUCAUCCUCCUCUUCGUGCUCUCCUGGGCCCCCUACUCCACGGUGGCCCUGGUGGCCUUUGCUGGGUACGCCCACGUCCUGACACCCUACAUGAGCUCCGUGCCCGCUGUCAUUGCCAAGGCCUCCGCCAUCCACAACCCCAUCAUUUAUGCCAUCACUCACCCCAAGUACAGGGUGGCCAUUGCCCAGCACCUGCCCUGUCUGGGGGUGCUGCUGGGUGUGUCGGGCCAGCACCGUCGUCCCUACCUCAGCUACCGCUCCACCCACCACUCCACGCUGAGCAGCCAGGCCUCCGACCUCAGCUGGAUCUCCGCGCGGAGGCGCCAGGCGUCCCUGGGCUCUGAGAGUGAAGUGGGCUGGACCGACACAGAGGCAGCAGCGUGGGGGGCCGUCCAGCAAGCGAGCAGGCGCAGCCCCUUCAGUCAGAGCCUGGAGGACGUGGAGGCCAGGGCCCCUUCCAGGCCCCAGAGCUGGGAAGCCGAGGCUCCUGGGAAGACCGAGGGACUGUUCCCCAGCCUGGACCUCAGGAUGUAG